UCAGCCCAUUGGAGCACAUGCAAGUCGCGCCGGUAACACGGUCUUUCUUGCGCUUUUACUCGCAUUGUGCGCGCACACUUCCUUUGGGGCUAGGAUAUAUAGCGUAAUCUGUUCUCUUCAGAAUACAGAUAGUCAUAAACAGGUCUCCAGCCUCAUAUCUGUUACUUAGAAAACAGUUUGAAUCUUUUUUUAAUCAUGACGGAGAAGAAAAGUGAAAUUAACGGGCACGCUGUGUCCGAGACCGUUAUUCCAGACGUCUCCGGGAAAUCAGAGAAGAGGAAUUUCAAAGAUAAAUUAAUGUCUUUUUUACGCAGAAAUCUUGUAGUGAUUCUGACGGUGUCCGGGGUCCUUGUGGGCGUCGGGCUUGGCGUAAUGGUCCGCAAAAUGAACCUGACACGAGCGCAGAUGACUUACUUCGCGUUUCCCGGUGAGAUGCUGCUGAGGAUGCUGAAGAUGAUCAUCCUGCCUCUCGUGGUGUGCAGCCUAAUCUCGGGCGCUGCCAGCCUGGACACUCGCUCCCUGGGGAAACUCGGAGGCAUCGCCGUGUCCUACUUUUUGGUCACCACGCUCAUAGCCUCGUCCAUCGGCGUCGCCCUGGCUUUCCUCAUCAAGCCCGGGGUUGGCGCUGGAGCGCUCAACACCAACGACCUGGCGCUGGAGAGCGUCACCAAUAACAAGGAGACAACCGACUCGUUCUUAGAUCUAGCAAGAAACCUCUUUCCAUCUAACCUGGUGGCGGCUGCUUUCCGCUCAUAUGCUACAGACUACAAGAAGAUCGCAGUGGGAAACACAACAAAUGGGACUGUACUCUAUCAAAAGGUGCCAGUGGGAACAGAAGCAGAUGGGAUGAACAUUCUUGGCUUGGUUCUAUUUGCUAUGGUGUUUGGAGUGGCCUUGAGAAAGCUAGGAGCUGAAGGGGAGGAGCUCAUACGUUUCUUUAAUGCGUUCAAUGAAGCCACUAUGGUACUGGUAUCUUGGAUCAUGUGGUAUGUACCAGUUGGCAUCAUGUUCCUGGUAGGCAGUAAGAUUGUGGAGAUGGAGGAUGUGGUUCUGCUUGUCACCAGCUUAGGAAAAUACAUCUUUGCCUCAAUCUUGGGCCACAUUAUUCAUGGUGGCAUUGUCUUACCUCUUAUCUACUUUGGGCUCACCCGCAAAAAUCCCUUCACCUUCCUCUCUGGCCUGAUCACACCUUUUACCACAGCCUUCGCUACCUGUUCCAGCUCAGCAACACUGCCCUCCAUGAUUAAAUGUGUUGAGGAGAACAAUGGUGUGGAUAAAAGGAUUAGCCGUUUUAUCCUGCCAAUCGGAGCUACUGUAAACAUGGAUGGAGCCGCUAUCUUCCAGUGCAUUGCUGCCGUGUUCAUUGCCCAGCUCAACAAUGUCGACCUCAAUGCAGGCCAGAUCUUCACUAUUCUUGUGACAGCAACAGCGUCCAGUGUUGGAGCAGCAGGCAUUCCAGCUGGAGGAAUCAUCACCAUCGCAAUUAUUUUGGAAGCCAUUGGCCUGCCUACCAAUGAUCUGUCACUAAUGCUGGCUGUGGACUGGAUUGUGGAUCGUACCACGACUGUGGUAAAUGUGGAAGGUGAUGCUCUGGGUGCUGGGAUCUUGCACCAUAUAAAUGAGCAGGAGAUGAAAAAGCAAAAACAUUUGGGCAAGCAGCAGGAAGAGGAGGAGUUAAAGGAGGUUAAAGUGGAAGCUGUGGCUAAUGUCCAGGCUGAAGAGGAGACCUCACCUCUCGUCACACAACAAAAACUGGUUGAUGACUGCUCACAUAACUCUGCUGAUGAAAAGGAUGGUGUGGAGUCCAUGUUCUAACCUACUUUCUUUUAACCACUGAAAGAAGUUUAUAAAUUCAAAGCAUUUCCAAAAUCAAUCAUUGCUUUUUCCUUUCUAAAAUCUGGGAAUAUGGGCCAUAACUCCUGUUACUGUAUAUCUGUUUUGUGCACAAUUAGUACAAUAGAAUGGAUGAGACAGUAAAAUGAUGGUUAUAUUCAUACCAUUUUUAUUGUGCCAAAACAUUUAUAUUAAUCUCUCUUUGGGAAAAAAUGUCCAGUUUUUACAUGUCUAAACGGAGAAUAUUCCCUAUUUCAAGUAGCUGUUAAAGAUAGUGAAGAGAAUCAUUUACAGAAUGACCUCUUUCACUGGCUCUAUUUAUUUGCUGUGUCUUUACCUCACCGGUAAAACAUUAACGAUUUUGAAGAUGGAUAAGAAAACAUUUUCUGUAAAUAUUUGUUUCACUAAUGGCUUAAUGUCUUAUCACAGGCCAGUUGAGUCUGGUCUUGGGACACUGAGAUUUGAUGGAGCCUGCAUUGCAAAGUGACUAUCUGAAUAUGUAUUUUGGCACAUAAUUUUAUUGGUCAUAAUCAUAAGAAAAGUGUCAUUGAAUAUACUCCAUUUGUGCUCCAUGCUGACAUCUAAUGUCCAGUGGGUGUCACAGAAAUGCUAUUAUGGUAAGAUAAUGUAGUGACACCCAGUGUUAUAAAUGUAAAAGUACUGUCAUUUUCCUUUUUCUUAUGUUCAGUUGAGUACAUUCAGUAGACCACUGAUAGACAAAAGAAAAUAUGUGUUUAGAUUUCAGUAUUGAUUUGCAACUAAAUGUGAAAUAAUUCAGUUUAAAGCGUUUUUUUAAAUAUUGAUUUUAAAUGUAUUAUAUGAAUUAUUAGUGAUAGGUAAACUCGUGAUUUCGCAUAAUUCCUUAUAAUUUUGUUACUUUUAUACAAAAUUUGUUAAACAGAUUUUUCUUAAUCUAUAUGUUAAGAUCAUUGGAUGCCAAAUUGGCAACAUGUGUCAUUGGCUGGUUUAACAAGUUAAUACUAUGUUAAUGAGAUAUUACCGGUACAUACAGGACUACACUAUUCAAUCUCAAACUGUGACUUAACUAUGUAAUUACUACUGAUUUCUUUCUUAGCUGUAUCUUUAUGUCAUUAAAUGAAGAGCAAAGAG